GUAUGUACUCUUGUCCUCAUGUACUAUAUGGAUUCAUCAUCACUCGCUCGGAUGGGAUUGGGCAUUGCAUUCAGCCGGAACAAAGUGUGGAUAGCCGCCCAUCGCUUGCAGUGUGCAGCGAUUAUUGUUGUUUAGUCUCACCAUCGUCAUCCUUACGAGCCGGGCAUGACACGGACGGUACUCUUGUCAAUCUAAAAUCUUCCUGGUGUGCCUGGCGUGGCUAAAACUCCAGACUCACUCAUAUCACACAAGCGAACCGCAUGGGGAAGAGUGUACGGGAGUGUUUCGUGAUCACAGAGUCCACGUCUACAUUGGCUCGUUCCACUUGCGGAUGCCUGCCUGCCGUUGACGAGCGGACGUGGGCAUUGGUCACAACAUAUGAAAUUUUCUUUCAAAAAGGUGUGUUUGCCGUUCUGGCUCAGGAGCCAGUAACAAAGAGCGGUCAAUAAUGACCGUCACUCAAUCGGACAUGUUGCUGCGGCGCCUGGAGUUCAUCGGCACAUCAA